CGGACCGUAUAUGGCAUGAAAGCAACUAGAUACUGCCGAGAAUAAUGGCGUUCACAUCCCUGCCAGCUUUGCCGGUGCUACACGGCUUACGCAUACCCCAAAAGAAGGAAGAAAAAGAGGUGCCCGAGUUUGCAUUCACAGCGCCGCUGCUGGCUUUGGCGAAAGCGAACAAAAGCAGCGAACUCGCCGACAACUGGAAAGCUGGGACGGAUGCGAGAGAAUGGCGUGGUGUCUCGGAGCGCGAUGGCAAACUAGUUGAACUGAUGGUUGAUGCAUGCGGCAUUACCGAGGUACCAACAGCCUUCUUCGACCUACCGGACAUCGAAAAACUCUGGCUGAGCAACAACGGGCUGCGCAGUCUGCCGGAGGAGGUGUGCAACCUGCAGAGCCUGCACUCGCUCUGGCUGGGCUCCAACCUGCUCCGCGGUCUGCCCCCCUGCCUGCCCCGCCUGGCCGGGCUGCGGCAGCUGUGGUUGCCCGCCAACCUGCUGUCGGGGGUCCUGCCGCGGGAGCUGUGCGGGCUGGAGCUGCUGGAGUGGCUUGACGUGUCGGAGAACAAGCUGGAGGAGGUGUGCGAGGAGAUCGGCAACCUGACCAGCCUCACCAGGCUAGACCUGCACACAAACCAGCUGCGGGAGCUGCCGGAAGCCAUCGGCCGCCUCACGCGCGUGAAACACCUCUCCCUCCACUUCAACCAGCUGGAGUCGCUUCCCCCCGCCCUGGGCAGCUGUACGGCACUGGUGUGGCUGUCACUCAACGCAAACCGCCUGACCCAACUGCCGGAGGAGAUGGGGCAGCUCACAAACCUAGUGCGGCUUUCCCUCCACAUCAACCAGCUCACCCAGCUGCCGCCCUCCCUGGGCCGCCUGAGCCGCCUGGAGGCGCUGUCCGCACACAAGAACGCGCUAACCCACCUGCCGCCUGAGCUGCCCGCGGGGAUAGGGCCCGGCGGCUGCUGCCGGCUGAGCCUGUACGAGAACCAGCUGGCUGAGCUGCCGGCCGAGAUGGGCGCCAUGACGGGGCUGCAGGAGCUCUGGCUCUACUCCAACCAUCUGACCUGCAUCCCCCCCGAGUUGGGUCAGCUGGGGGAGCUGCGGCGGCUGUGGCUGGAUCGCAACCGCCUCACACACCUGCCGGGCGAGAUAAGCGGACUCACACGGCUGCAGGAGCUCUACCUGGACCACAACCAGCUGGGCGAGCUGCCGCCGCAGCUGGGGGCACUCACGGGGCUGAGGAAGCUCUACCUUGAGGGCAACCCCGCCUCCCUGGUGCUGCCGCCCGAGGUGGCGGCGCUGCCCUGCCUGCAGCAGUCGGCGGACUACGGCGGGCAGGCGGAGGUGGAGGCGUUCAAACAGGAGAUGCUGACCUACAAGUAGGAGGGAAGGAUGGGAAGGAGGGGGGGUGGGGGUCGCGGCGACUACAGAAGGCCCGGAAGUAGGGCUCCUCGCACGCACGCAGCUUGAGGAGGGUCCAGGAAACAUACUUGGUUGCAAUGGUAAUUAAGAGCUCGUAAAUGUCGUGGUAAAUGGCUCGGAUACUACUAGUACUAGCCUCAGCAUGCUGCCCCGCGGUUGGGUUCGGAGCACGUUGGGCGAUGAGGUGGGCAUUUCGGAAUUCGUCAUUUUGUGCUUUGUUAAGGGGUGUGCAAUAAAGGAGUUUUAACUGGGCGUUGCGGCACAUGCGGUUUGCGGUUGCGUGAAUUUUGAGGCCGGGUUGAUGCUCCAUCGCAUUCUCGAGGUCGGUUUGCUAGCUCGUGUUUGCUGUGUCGCAGAGAUGGCAUUGCAGCUCCCUUGCUGAUGUUGCGUACAUGCGCUCAGCGCAAGACUAAACUACGGCUUGUUUACAUGGAUUGAAUUAAAGACGCCGUGUUGCUUGCUGUUGACUGUUGCUUGCCAUCAUGACUCGUGUGAUCAGGCGUUUUGUUGCCACAGCAUGUCCCCGUAGCUCGUAACGAAGAAAACGGAUACGUAAUAUACGGUUUCGGAGGAGCGAAGCGAAGGGAAGCAUACCCGGUUCCUGUCACGCUCAACGGGAUCCUUUCAGCCGGCAUAUUCACGGCUCGGCGUUCAUGCCGAAGUGCUCAGCGUAGCCCCGAAUUGCUGUCACGCUCAGUUAACGAACUUUUAACGGCAUCACCGCGCUCCUGCAGUGGCAGCAAACGGAGCCUUCAGCGGUGCAGCAAUCUGUGGUGUUGUUGCACCGCACUGGAAGGCAGCGGCGACAGACCUGAUCGCAGUAACGCCUGCCGGACCGACCGGUCACCGUAUUACUGGAUGUAAUGUUAACGAGGGAGCAGUCGAUGCUCGUAGUGAAGAGACACGGGACGAUGCGACUUGGGGCUGGCGAGGGUUGGGAUCGCUUAGGAAGGGGAUGAGUUGCCGUUCGCUAACACGGGCCGCGCGUGACGACUGAUACACUGGUGGGUAUGGGGUAGGUUGGUUUAGCUGACUGACGAGACGUAAGCUUGCUAGUAUGGGCGACAGGCACAGCCGCAGCAGUGAAUAACGUUCCUAGCUUGCCAUUCCCGGCCAACGCAGGAUUGGCUGGCUGUCCUUUUCCUGGGAGCAUGGUGGUGGGUGAUGAAUGGCUGAUGGGGGGAGAGAGAGAAGCGUGGGAGAGCAACUGGGAGACCGUGUCACGCACCAUGCCGUACUGCUGGACGGCCAGAUGAGAUGGCUAUGUGAAGAUGAUGUGAGAAUGACCAGAGGAGCUGGGGUGAUGAUGAGGGGUUGGAAGGAGCGUUCUCGUACAAGGGAACACCUAAGGUCACCCUCCUGAUGCUGGUAGACAGUAUUCCGAGGGUAGCAAAGAGCUAAUGGCUCAUUCAGUCAGUUAUAGUUCACUACCUGAGCCCUAACCCAUGCCGUACUGUAUGGCCAGGUCAGAUGGUGAUGCGGACAUGCUUCAUGGAAUUGAUAUACUGCAUGUAUCCACGGCGUCCUCAAGCCAUACGUGCAUCCUAACCGUUUACAUACG